UACUAAAUUUAAACUAAGGCGAAUCACUUAUGAAUCAUACUUCGGUCCCUAAUAAUUAGUUAAUGAACAUGGAAUUUCCCGAAUUAGGAGCAAACUGCACCCUGAAUACCUGUAAACAGUUAGAUUUCCUUCCCAUGAAAUGUGAUGCUUGUUCCAAGUUGUUUUGUAAGGAUCAUAUCAAGUAUACAGAACACAGUUGUGAAAAUGCCUACAAAAAGGACUUUCAAGUUCCAGUUUGUCCAUUAUGUAACAAAGCAGUACCAGUCCCUAGAGGGGAACAACCUGACAUAAAGGUUGGAGAACAUAUUGACAGAGAUUGUCAGUCUGACCCAGCAGUGGCUAAAAGAAAGGCAUACCAGAAUAGGUGUUCUCUCAAAGGAUGUAAACAAAAAGAGCUUAUCCCUGUUAGGUGCGAAUCUUGUCGGCAAAACUUUUGUCUGAAACACAGACAUGAACAAGAUCACAACUGCUCUGGGGUCAUAAGGGGUGCAUCUAGAAGUAAAACAAGUGCUUCCUUGAAAGCAGGAGAAGCUGCAGCCACCAGAGCAAAGAAUGUGGCUUCAUCAUCAAAAGUACACAAGAAACCACAACAAACAUCUUUGUCAUCAAUAGGAAGAGACUUGGACAGGUCCAGACGAGAAAGACAAAUGACUGCCCCAAAUCCUCAACCAAUUCCACAACCAGCAUUGAGUGAGGAUGAGGCCUUAGCCUUAGCUAUACAAGCUUCUCUACAAGAUCAGUCAAAGACAAAGUCCCCCAGUCCACCACCCACAACACAAGAAGAGGAAGACCGAGCUUUAGCACGAGCCCUGGCAGAAUCUGAAAGAGAGGAGCAGCAAAGGAGACGACAACAGGAGCAACAAAAAAAAUCAGAUUGCCGUGUCACAUGACACUCAUCUUACCAAGAAAUUCUAAGUUGCAGUUUGAAAAGAAAUAUAAUUAUUCCAAAUUUAAUUACAACUACAAGUGACCAUAGUUUCCACUUGAUGUAAAUGUACCAGAAUUCCAAGCAGCCACUAUUAUAUAAUUAACUAAAUGAUGAUGGGCUCAUAGGCUAUUUUUUUCCAGAACACAAAGCACCUGUGAUUAAUAAAUUUUAAUGUACAAAGAAUUCGUAUUUAUCAUUAGCAGAUUGAUGGCUUCUCAAAUUACUCCAACAUUGUGAACUAAAGGAAUAAUAUAAACCAAGCUUAGAAGCAGUUGCAAUAAUAUUGGGUUUUAGUAGUUAUUUUAAGACAAAACUUCUGCAAAUAAAGUGUUUUAUAACAGUA